AUGGAGUGUUUCGUGUUUGUGAAAGUGAAAUAUCCCGAUGAGAAAGAAGAGGAUUUUGUUGUUGGAAAGUUUUUUGAUCUUGACAAGUGCGAAAAAUUGGAGCUUGACUCAGAUUUGAAGCUUCACGAGAAACAAAAAGGCAAACUUGUUCUUGGAUUUCGCAGCACAGAUUUUAAAACAGUUAAUUGGUUUAGUGCGGUUCCUCUUAAACGUGUUGGUAAUCUUUCUUUCAUUAUAUCGCCUCCGUAUCAUAAGGAUAAAGAAGACAACUUUUAUCUGAUGCAGUACUUGUUUGAUCCGAAUGUUUUUGCUAGAUUUGAACGGGAGGAUGAUAAGCCAGUUGAUUUGGCUCUUUACGAAGAUGAAGAUGAAAUAGGCGGCCAAUUUCAAACAAAGAUUAACCAGAAAAACAUGAAUCUGACUAUUGAAGAAGUUGCAGAGAGAUCGAAAAAUGUUCUAGAAAAAAGGAGGAAGGUCACAAAGUAUUUAAAUCGCCACUACGAGAAGUACUUGGUAGGUGGGGCUCAAUUUAGUGGAAUUAUACAGUUAGCUAAUGAAGAGAUUAUUGCAACCGCAAAAAACCUUCAAGAAUGGAAGGGAAAACGUGAGAUAUUGUUUUCAAAUCUGCACCCAGGAGUAAUUUAA